AUGGAGACCGAACGAGUGAAGAGGAAGGACACAACCAAGGGACCUCCCCUCCGCAUACUAUCAUUAGAUGGCGGAGGAGUUCGAGGCUACUCAAUAUUCGUCAUCAUACAGGAAAUAAUGCAUCGAACCUUUGUCGAGAUUGAAGGCCGCGCGCCCCGUCGUUCCGAAAUCCCUAAACCCGCCGACCACUUUGACCUCAUCGUCGGCACGGGCACAGGCGGCCUGGUGGCGCUGAUGCUCGGCCGCCUGAGGCUGGACCUGGAAACGUGCAAGGAGCUGUACGUGCGCCUGACGCGCAUGGUGUUUGAGACGGAUAAGACAAUACUCGGGAUACCUACCAGGAGCACGCUGUUCAAAGCAUCCAUGUUGGAGCUGGCUAUCAAGGAGGCGGUUAGGGAACAUACUGUCGAUGAGUUCGAAGGCAACGAUGGAUCGGAUUCUCCAGCCAGUCCCGCUAGCAUGGCAUCCCGAAAUAGACUGUCGCACGCCGGCGGCUAUCCCCGAAGACACACUAGCAACGCGAGUGUGGUCAGUUUCAGCCACAGAAGCCCAACAAGUCAGUUUGCACGCCCAGCGCAUGGGUCGAGGGGAGGCGAUCCAGAUGCGAGUCUUUACGAUGCCAGGGAAAACAGGACAAAAACGGUCGUGACCGCGGUAUACAGAGGAACUCCCAAGGGAGGCGAACCGGCAUUACUACGAUCGUAUGACUCGAGGAAAGAGCCGGCACCGGAAUAUGACUGCAAAAUUUGGGAGGCAGGGAGAGCGACAUGCGCUAUUGGCCUUGCGUUCAAGCCUAUCAAGGUUGGGCAGUCUGUAUUUCACGAUGAUGGUGCUGGGACUUUCAAUCCUGCGGUUCAGGCCCUGGACGAAGCCGUCGUCAACGAGUGGCCGGGUCGCGACGUUGGAGUUUUCAUCAGUGUAGGAACAGGAAGGAGGCCGAAAAGCAGUGAUGCGAACCAAUCGCUGUGGUACGAGGGUUUCUUGGGCGAAUUCGCAGACGCGCGAAGGAGAUUGAUUGCAAAGAUUGAGGGCUGCGAAACGAUCCACCAAUACGUCAAGCGGGAGCACCUGCUCAAACGUGGCGUCAACGUCGAGAACUACUACCGUCUGAAUGUAGAGAUGGGUGUUGGGGAGUUUGGAAUGAACGAGUGGAACCGACUGGCCGAUAUUAGCACCAGCACGCGGCAGUAUCUACGCCGACCCGAGGAGAGUGCCAUGGUUCAAGGAUCUGCUGCAAAGCUAGCCAAGAUACACCGGGCAAAGAUGCGCCAUGAUCGGAUGGGCGCGAUCCCCGACGUUGCCGUUCACGCCACUUCGGACUCCUCCCUGCCGACAUUUGCAGUUGAGCUACCUGGUGAUAUGCCAACAUUCCCGGCCAAACCGCAGAACACGACGCCGCCUAGCAGACAGUCCUACGAUUCCGGGCCCGACAGCCUUGGUAUGCCGGCUUCGGCAGUAUCGCCGCGUAGCUCGGGUGGAAGCCUGGCUGGAGAGCGUCCCCUUCCUCCACCACCUCCUGCCUCUGCCAAUGCAGCUCCUCAACCAUCGUUUACGCGCCCUUCAGUAGGCUCGCCACCUUCAAGACCUACACAUAACCCUACCCCAUCGACAGUCUCUGCCGCGACCGUCUCAAGUAUGGGAACGACGGACGAUGACCUUCUCCCAGCAGCACUCACACCGGCACAGUGGAGGAAUGUUUCUGGACAAGACAAGAUUGCGAUUGUCGCGCAGGAUGAACAGCCGAGACGCGACGUCGGUCCACCGCCUCUGCCUCCUAAAACUCCCAUACCUGAAAACCACGCUGUCGGUGGAGGCAGGCGUCCGCCUACCAAUGGCAAGGUGCCUCCGUAUCCGAUGGAUGACGAGCCUCCUCCUGCCGUGAACAUGGCUAUGAAACCUCGAGUAUGA